CAGUGUGUGCCCCGGGGCCAGCGGGUCCAUGGGGCUGGUGGAACUGGUGGGUGCCCCCGAUGCUGGUGGAUCCCAGUGGGUGCUGGUGGGUUCUGGUGGGCUGGGGAUGACAGGUACUGGUGGGGUCGAGGUAUCGGAUACCGGUGGGUGCUGGUGGAGGUCGGUGGGUUCCAGUGGGUGCCAGUGGGUACUGGUAGGGCUGGUGGAGGUGUCAGGUCCUGGUGGUACCGGUGGUGCUGAGGGAGGUCGGUGGGUGCUGGGGGGGCUCACAGGCACCGGGGGAUGUUCCCGUUACCAGCAGCCCCCCAGUGCCCCCAGCUGAGGUGGGCACUGGUGGGACUGGCAGGUGCCCACGUUCCCAGUAUCCCUCAGUGCCUCCCGGUGCUCCGGAUGUUGUUUGGGGUGCCCCCGGUGCCCCCCGAUGCGGUCGGUGGGUGCCAGUGGGAUUAACAGGUCCCCACAAUAGUGGCAGCUCCCCGGUGUCUCCAGUGCCCCCAGCUGCGGUGGGUGCCAGUGGGACUGGCACUUCCCCACAUUACCGGCAGCCCCCCGGUGCCCCUCGGUGCGCUGGGAUCCAGGAGGACUGGCAGUUCCCCACAUUAUGGGCAGCCUCUCGGUGCCCUGAAUGCCCUCGGUGCUCCCCGGUGCGGUCGGUGGGUGGCACUGGCAGGUCCCCACAUUACCGGCAGCCCCCCGGUGCCGCCGGUGCCGCCGAGACCUCGCCGACCUCUGCCCGGCGGUUCCCGGCAGGAGCGGCCCCGAAGCGGCGCUUCCCGGCACGGCCCACAUCGAGGUGAUCCCCUGCAAGAUCUGUGGGGACAAAUCCUCAGGGAUCCACUACGGGGUCAUCACCUGUGAGGGCUGCAAGGGGUUCUUCCGGCGCAGUCAGAAGAGUGGCCCGAGCUAUGCGUGCAGCCGCCAGCAGAACUGUCCCAUUGACCGCGCCACCCGCAACCGCUGCCAGCACUGCCGCCUCCAGAAGUGCCUCCGCCUCGGAAUGUCCCGCGACGCCGUCAAGUUCGGCCGCAUGUCCAAGAAGCAGCGGGAGCGGCUCCACGCUGAGGCGCAACAGCAGCUGGAGCAGCGGGAACGGGAACGGGCAGCCCAGGGGGCUCCGCUGCCCGCCCCAGGUCACCCACUGUCCCCCACUGUACCUGCGGGAUGUCCCCGGGGGUCCUCUCCUGUGGAGGAGGGGACAAAGCGGGCACAGGACGGGGACAGGGGGGCCCCUGAGUGGUUCCCCCACCCUGGGGUCAGCAGCAUCCCAGAGUCCCCCACGGCGUCCGUGGUGGAGAUCGAGCACCUGACGCAGAGCGUUCUCAAGUCGCACCGUGACACGUGCCAGCCCCGGCCUGAGGAGCUGCAGCGGCGGCGCUGGGACACCUUCACCCGGGAGGAGAUCUGUGCCUACCAGAGCAAGGGGGCGCGGGAUGACAGCGGGUCCCACAGCCCUCAGCAGAGAUGUGGCAGCGCUGUGCCAGCCGUGUCACCGAGGCCAUCCAGGACGUGGUGGAGUUUGCCAAACGCCUGCAGGGCUUCCUCGAGCUCAGCCAGAACGACCAGAUCGUGCUGCUCAAGGCGGGUGCCAUGGAGGUGGUGCUGGUCCGCAUGUGCCGAGCAUUCAACUCCGACAACCGCACCGUGCUCUUCGAGGGCAAGUUCGCCGGCGUGGAGCUCUUCCGCUCCCUGGGGUGCCACGAGCUCAUCGGGUCCAUCUUCGACUUCGCCCAGAGCCUCUGUGCCCUGCACUUCUCAGAGAGCGAGGUGGCCCUUUUCAGCGCCCUCGUGCUCGUCAAUGCCAGCCGGCCGUGGCUGCAGGACCGCCCACGGGUGGCCCGGCUCCAGCGACACCUUGAUGCGGCCUUUCGGCUCCUGCUGCACCGGACCCGCCGCGAGGGGCUCCUGGCCAGGCUCCCUCCCCCGGGCCGGUUGCGGGCUCUGUGCUCGCAGCACGUGGAGCAGCUCCAGGCCUUUUGCCGCCUCCACCCCGGGGGGGUCUCGGCCGCCUUCCCCCCCCUCUACAGAGAACUCUUCACCUCCGAUGCCACUGAAGCCCCCGCGGGCACCCACUGAGCCCCACCCGGGGGUCUGGGACCACUGGGACCACCACUGCACCCGCUGAGCUUGACCCGGGAAUCUGGAACCACCAGGACUACCCCUGCACCACUGACCUGACCCUGGGGGUCUGGGACCACCAGGACCAACCCUACACCCAUGAACCCAACCCCAGGAGUCCAGGACUAUCCCUGCACCACUGACCUGACCCUGAGGGUCCAGGACCACCCCUACACCCACAGACCUGUCCCCGGGGGUCCAGGACCACUGGGACCACCCCUGUACCCGUGAGCACCCAGGAUUACCUGGAGGUGCUCCAUGGAGGGACCUGUUGAGAUUCUGUCACCUGUGAGUGCCCCAGCACCUGGUGAGGCUCCAUCAUCCAUGGGCGCUCCAUCACCUGUGGGUUCCCCAUCACCUGCCGAGGCUCCUGUGGGUGCCCUGUCACCCCUGGGUGCUCCAUCACCUGUGAGCGCCCCAUCACCUGUUGAGGCUUCAUCACCCAUGAGUGCCCUGUCACCUGCAGGUGCCCCCUCCCCUAUCUCUGACCCCUCCCCUGGGACCCCCCAGAACUCGGGGUGGGAGGGUCAUGCGUGGCUGUGCCGUCACCCAUAGAUGUUCCUGGGGGGCCCCCCCGCGCUGUCCCACGCCCCGGGGUGCGGUGGGGGUGGAUGCCGGGGUGUCCUCGGCUGCAUUUUAAGGGAAAUAAAGCCGGCUUUGGGGUCA